AUGCUUCCGUUUAUUCUCUUGUCAUUGCUUCUGGCAACGGGUUCAAAAGCUUUUCUUAUGGCAUUAGCGCUCCCUAUUGGGCAGUCAACUCUUUCCUUUGCGUUCCAAAGGUUGUGGGAUAGAGGUAAAAACAAAGCAAAGCGCAAAACCAAGAGUAGAAAGGGAAGAUCACGGCCUCGCACUUCAAGGACUGUUAAAUUGAACGAAGAAUGGGGUGGAAGCCAAGGGACAAUGAAGAAAAGGACGGUAUAUCAAUCUUGGAUUCCAAGAAAUGACGUCUCGGAUAAAAGCAGUGGUGAAGAUUCAUACAGUUUUGGUGGAUGGGAUGAGCUAGAUAGAGGGGAGGAGUCGAAAGGAUCUUCAAGAAGACGGGGGGCUCGAACAGAAACUAGAUCAACGGGGAUGUUUACAGAGAAGGGGAAGUCGAGUCAAAGUGAAAUGCCUUUAUUACUCAGAUUAUUGAUUGCAGUUUUCCCAUUUUUGGGUUCAUUCACAAAGAUGCUAUAG